UCCUGCCCGUGGCACCCGAUUUUGUAACCGUACGCGCUGCGAUUUUUGCUGCAUUGCCCAUUUGAUCAGGCACACCUACCUCCAGGCAAGCGCAAGCAGGCAUUUGCUCGACAACCUAAUGGAAGAAACUCCAGAAUCUAAUGAGAACAGGGGUAACAAUACCCCUGGCAGCAAUGGUGAACGUCAACGCAGGCCGUCUCCAAUCCAUCGUCGAGCAUGUGAAGUCUGCCGUUUCCGUAAGAUCGGAUGUGACCGAAGUGAACCAUGCUCCAAUUGUCUACGAUCAAGAACGGCCUGCACGUAUGAGGACGUCCAGGGCACACGGCCCAAACGUCAGCGGGUGCUAAUUUCGACGCAGUAUGAAAGGAAGAUCGAUCGUAUAGAGGAGCGCCUGACUAAGGUUGUUGGUCUCCUUGAGAACUUAACGAGUAAUCACAACCAAGGGCCACUAGACCGUGUUGUUCAUGGUCCCCUGGCGGCUGGGCUGGCAAAUGGCCACGAAAAUACAUUUUCGAAUUCCACACCAUUUUCUUCUAUUAGAGACCGGGAGGGCAGCCCGGGAUAUAAUACUUCUGCGACACCAGCUACGCUCGCGGGCAACACUGAGUUUGAAGGAGCGUCUUCCAUGACUGCGCACGCCGACUUUGCGAACAGCUAUCUCGCACACUCGGUCAGCUUUGGGCCACUCAAGGACUUUCACCUCGAACUUGAUGAUACGUUGAAAGCUCUACGAGACCUUGUCAGCCAACGAGACGAAGUAUCCACGGCUAAGGAACAUCGCUAUGCUCCUACGAAGACCAGCGCCUGUGAGGCAAGGUUUUACAAACCUGCUCGUCCAUCACCCAACAUGGCUAUGGCUAGCAUCAGACUAGCACAGGAUGUCCCCAAGAUAAGCUGCUUCCACCUUUGCGGCCUUAUCUCAACCCAGGAUUUCACCGACUAUGUUCUCAAAACCUUAUUCUCAGCCAACUGUUCUGAUGCCGAUCUCAUCAUAACCAACGCGGGGCUUUGUUGGUUGUACGAAGAAUUGAGCUGUCAACUCACCGAUCAAGAGCUGGGCGAGCAUCUUCAGAGAGCUGACCUGAGGAAAGAGUCCCUCUCAUGCCGCACCAAUCUCGAGAAGCUCCUGUCAGCUCUUCCACUCCAGCUGCCCUGUAACAUGGAUUAUAUAACAGCGCUUGUAUUUGCGUGCCAUUUCACGAUCGAGAACUCCAGAGCAUCACAUUCAUGGACGCUCAUAUCCAGCGCCACGCAAAUGUGCGUCAGCUCAGGAUAUCAUCGCUUCAAUCACGUGGAAGGCGACCCCGAAAGUGAGAGAUCUCGGAAGAUCUGGCUCUUCUGGAAUGUAUACAUCAUCGAAAAGGGACUUUCUCUUCGACUGGGUAGACCCUCUUGCAUUGCGGACUGGGAUAUCACCGUACCUGUACCAGAUUCAGGGCUAGGUGAUCACAUACCCUGGGGAAAUUGUACAAAGCCUUGGGUACAGCUUGCCCAUGUACAGGGACGUUGCUACGAAGACUUGUACAGCCCUGCGGCCUUGGAAAUACCCGACAACGUUAGGGCGGUACGGGCACAAACCCUAUUUGAGAGCACCAAGAAAGUGAUCAACUCAAUUGAAGAGCUAGAGGCCGGCGAAUCUCAAAGACAGCUCCAGUCUCACACGACUUUCGGCCUUAUGCAAGGUAAAGUGCUAUGCUACGCCGUUGCCACUCUCAUUCUUCGCGCGAUGCCCAAAUCAGAUUCUUCGACGGGUACAUUUACAGAUGAGUGUGUUAGCAGCGCUCGCACAGCACUCCUGCUCCACGAAAAGUGUCUCGCAAUGAUAGAGCCUCAGGAUGGAUUGGGCAUAAAUUUAUAUAUUCAGUGGACCAUACAUUACGCGCCAUUCAUUCCAUUCAUCGUCCUCUUUUGCCGCGUGAUUGAAACAAUGGAUAUGGCGGAUCUGGAACGAUUGCACAGCUUUGUCACGAAUCUCGAGCACGCCGCAAAGCUCUGCAAGAUGACAGCCUCGGCACAGCGGCUCUUCCACAUCCUGUAUAACAUUGCGAAUAGAUAUAUCGAGAUCAAGACCAGUGCGACUCAGCCAUCGAUGAGCGACGAGUUCAACGCAUAUUUGCAUGCCUUGGGAUUCGUUCCAGGGCUCAACCCAAACAUACUAACGACGCAGGAUAUUGGUGCUACUGGUGCUACCGGUACUGCCGGUGCUGCCGGACUAGUCAGUGGAGCCAAGGGCGGCAACAUCCGUCCUGAUACCCAGAGGGAAGUCAGCGCACAAGGAACAGGCCCACUGCAGCAGGAUGGGUCGCUCGGUGAUUGGUUUUACAAUAACCAGCAAAUGAUGGGGUUACUUGAGGAGAACUUUAACUAUUUUACUUCUUAGCUAGGAAGUUCUAGGAAGGACGUUGAGGGAGGUAUUAGCAAUAUUGUAACUCUGCCUCUACUUCUGAGGCACUCUAUUCUAACCUUAGAAGGGUCGAUAUUGGAUCGAAAUGAAGUCAACGAUUAGGGUAUUUCUUCAUCAGCGAUGAAACGAGAGGUGCCACCAUGGAAUCAGUUCGUCUGGUCUCUUUAUCUUUGACUCAUCGAACGACUCCUUAGAGCCUCUGUUUGCCAACUUGUCACCUGGUAGCAUCAUGCAGACCUCGAGGUCCUCUAGACUCUACCUAUUAGAUGCUAGCAAUGAUCCAUGGACGCAUGUAGGCGCAUAACAAAUUCACCUCUUCAAUCGAGGGCUCUAUUUGAGUGCAUCACAAUACACUAAUCCCGUCAAUGAAUC